CGCUCCGCCCCGCUCCGCUCCCCGCGGGAGGCAGCGCGGGUCGGGCGCGGAGCCGUCCCGCCCGGCCAUGGCCUAACAGCGGCGGCCGGGCCGCAAGAUGAGUUUCCCGGCGGAGGACGGCGUGGGCAGCCUCUGCCACAAGGCGCUGCAGAUCAUCUCGGAGCUCUGCCUGGGCGGGCAGGUGGAGCGGGAGAAGUGCGCCGGCAUCUUCCCCCUGGAGAGUGCCCGGCAGGGCAUCGGCGGCACAGAUGUCUCAGUCAGUCUCUUAGCAGUUGUCGUCAGCUUCUGCGGGCUCGCCUUGCUGGUGGUCUCACUUUUUGUCUUUUGGAAGCUCUGUUGGCCCUGCUGGAGGAGCAAACCUCUCACCUCCAGCACCAGUAAUGUCCCGCAGAGCAACUCCAGCGCUCCUACGGAGGUUUUGGAGAACAUGGAGAAAAAGGAAGUUAAAGAAAAUGGGAAAGCUCCGACCAAGGUACUUGAAGCUGCACUGAAAAUCAGCCACACUUCACCUGAUAUACCAGCAGAGGUCCAGAAUGCGCUGAAAGAGCACCUGAUCAGACAUGCUCGGAUGCAGAGGCAGAUCACCGAGCCUACGUCCUCAUCAAGGCACAAUUCUUUCAGGAGGCACUUGCCAAGACAGAUGCAAGUGUCCAGUGUUGAUUUUAACAUGGGGACAGACCCGGUUCUGCAAAGGGGAGAGACCACAACCAGCAUUGGGAGAAUAAAACCAGAACUCUACAAACAGAAAUCUGUGGAUUCUGACGGGGAACAAGAAGAUGUGAAAACAUGUGGAAAACUUAACUUCACUCUCCGGUAUGAUUAUGAGAAUGAACUUCUGGCUAUCACAAUUGUCAAAGCCUUAGAUCUGCCUGCUAAAGACUUCACAGGAACAUCCGACCCCUACGUUAAGAUUUAUCUGCUUCCAGAUAGGAAAAAGAAGUUUCAGACACGAGUUCACAGAAAGACAUUAAAUCCUGUCUUUGAUGAAACCUUUCAGUUUCCUGUAGCCUAUGAUCAACUCAGCAACAGGAAAUUGCAUUUCAGUGUUUAUGAUUUUGACAGAUUUUCUAGACAUGACAUGAUUGGGGAAGUUAUUCUUGAUAACCUUUUUGAAGUCUCAGAUCUCUCCAGGGAAGCCAAUGUAUGGAAAGACAUCCACUGUGCCACCACAGAAAGCAUAGACUUGGGUGAGAUCAUGUUUUCCCUUUGUUAUUUGCCUACUGCUGGGAGAAUGACUUUGACGGUCAUCAAGUGUCGGAAUCUCAAAGCAAUGGAUAUAACUGGUGCAUCAGAUCCAUAUGUCAAAGUGUCACUGAUGUGCGAGGGACGAAGGCUGAAAAAGCGGAAAACAACCACAAAGAAGAACACACUGAAUCCCAUUUAUAAUGAGGCCAUCAUCUUUGAUAUCCCUCCAGAGAACGUGGACCAGGUCAGCCUCUCCAUUGCAGUCAUGGAUUAUGACAGAGUAGGGCACAACGAGGUCAUUGGAGUAUGCCGGACAGGAAUUGAUGCCGAAGGCCUUGGAAGAGAUCAUUGGAAUGAAAUGUUGGCUUACCCACGUAAACCAAUAACUCACUGGCACCCACUAGUAGAGCUACCUGGCCGAGCAACAAGUUUUGAUAGCCAGGGAUCCUGUUCCUCACCCAAACCACCGCUUACACCCUAGGGAGCAAGAGUGAGUUCAUCGUGGCCAGUGUCCAAGGCUCCCUCGUAGCUCACAUCUACAUAAACAGAAGGUUUGGCUUCUUCAGAUGAACUGUAUCCAUAUUUUUUUAUCAAAAUACAUAUUUCAUAUUCUAAGUCUUAUAUGACAGUUUAUAAUAAUUUGUCAAUGUGCAAAUGAAGUUGAUUUGACUCAUAUAUAACUCUUCCUUGUGCGAAUUCAUUCACCUGUUUUAUCUCUGGCAUAUAUCCAGUGUCAUAUUUAAGCAGUGUUUUGAUGGUGCCUGUAUCCUUUCAUAGGCAAAGAAACAAGAAAAAAAGGUCCCUUAAGCAAUUCAAAACUACUGCAGCUUUUAACACCUAAUUCUUUUGAGGGAGAGCAAAUAGUCAUAUAUAGCUCAUGUAGUAAAUUCCUUCUAAAUUGCACUAAAUCCUCUAUGACUUCAAGAUAGCACUUCAAGCUGAAUGUUGCAUGAAAAAAAAUACCAAAACUGUUGUCAUGUUUUGAGUAUCUGGAAAAUCCGUUAAUUCCUUGGGCAGGGAGGAAGGGCUGAUUUAAAGCCCACUGGAGCCAAUGAGGUGGACUGACUUCAGUGGGUUUCAGUCCAGCCCUUAUGAAACAGGUAUGAGAACUGGAUCUAUGCAGUUAUAACCUUCCAGCACUCAUGAUGACAGCUGCAUCUCUACACAAGUCAAACUGCAGAGGAGAGAAUGCUCAGAAGCAAAGGAAUUGAUUUAAUGUGAUUUAGCUCUUCACAAAACUGACCAAAUAUUGCAGUUACUCACAACAUUUUUGUGAUUCUUGAUUUAAUGUGACAGACUUAGAUAUCUUUGAAGUUAUUUUGACUGAGUGCACAGCACACAUCGAAUUUAGUUUCUAGUUCCUGGCUGGAUGCCUCCAGACAUAUAAGCUAAAUAUGAAUUUGAGAUGAUUUGAGGUGUUUUCUGUCAGUCUAUGGAGAGAGAAAUUGAAGUGUGACUAUUUUAAAAGCAAGUAAACUCAUUUAUUAGAAUACACAGUGACAGCAAAUGCAAAAAUCUAUCGUCUGGAGUCAGAUAAUUUAAAAACUAGAAGAAAACUACAUAUUAUUUUGUGGAUUUAUCUCUAAACACUGCAGUUUACUUCAGUAAGAUAAAUCAGAUUGGUAAUGUCUUUUUUCCUUUUUUCUUUUUUUCUGUGAAGAGUGUAGCACAGAUGGCAUGAUUGGUCUGAGGUUUUGAAAACUGGACUGAAAUUAGAAAAAGUUGGGUGGUGGCACAUUGAGUAUCUUUUCAAUAUAUAUAAAGAAAAGUGACAGUGUUUUCCAAAACAACAUUUUUACAGAAGUGUCAUGUAGGAGAAAAACACCAAAGGAAGAUUGACUUAUGAUAAUGAAAGAAAUUUUGAGAAUUAAUCUAUAUAUGAAGGGAAAAGGUUGUUUUGGCAAACUUCUGAAGUACCAUUUUGAGUUGGUUUAGCCUGGAUGAUGCAGAAUGUGUUCCUGAAAAUCCAGUCCCUCCAGGCCACUGCCUAACCUCUAAGACAGACAAAAAUCUCUAAGACCUUGAAGAGUCUUAACUGCUCCAGAACAGCUGGUAGGGCUGGUCUUAAUAUUACAGGAGUAUCUAAGUAAAAAGAAAAACAAAAGAGGCAGCUUUUGUACCUUGCCUCCUGUACCUAUGAACACAGCAAGGAAGCAAAUAAAUACAAAAAUCAAUCUCUCAGACAGUCUUUACAAACAAGUAAAACAAAAAAUGUAAAAAAAGAAAGAAGGGAAAAAAGAAAAGGCUCCAGUUCAAGUUUUUGCCUGUCUCAGGUUGUUAUUCAUGGCCUCCAGGCAGAAAUGGUUUCUCCCAGAGAGGAUUGGUAAUGCUGAACACUGAUCCUCCCUACUUAAGACUGUAUUUUCAUCACCACAAAUGCAGAGCAGCCUUGAAGAAUUUAAUUCCUCCAUUUGCUCUGGAUGAGUAAUUUUUUUAAUAGGAGAACAAACUCUCCUCUGUGAAGUUUUUUUCCCUCCCACCAUUGUAAUCCUAACAAAAUUCUGUAGCCUAGAUAAUUUUCAACAUGAUUCUGCAAGACUGAUAUAGAUAUAUUUAUGGAGACUGAAAAACUAUUUUAUGUAUACAUUUAUCUUAACAUAAAUUAUACCAAUAGUGGCCUUUGUGCCCUAGAAAAUACUUUUUGUAAUGUAGUACUGUAACAGUUAACUAAAUAUUCUUUGCACUUUUUUGCACCUAAUAUCCAAAAAGCAAACAAAUUCACAACCAAAUGUAGCAUAAAUGUUCAUCAAUGAGCAACGUAUUUUUACCUAUUUUACUGUUCUCCAUGAGUAUCCUGUAUGUUUCAUCAUAGGUAGCAAGGUAUUUCAAAAUUCAUUUCCUUAAAUUUUAAUUGUUGUCAAAUACCAAAGGCUCGGUUUGUGGCCCCUCGUUGUGCUAUUUUUGGUAUUGUUAAUAACAAUAGUGAAUGACUUCUGUGUCUAAUCUUGAUCAAUGGGUGCUCUGCAUCUAGGAGAAAUCAGGCUAUAAAAUCAUCUGGACAUCUAACUCCAAAAAAUGAUCCCUUAAGUAAUUAUAUUUAUGCCCUUAGAAGUGAUUAGUAGAAUUAGUGAGAAAGAUUUUUCCUCCCAUUGUUUCCUUAGCUAUCUCAAAUGGACAGGAUAUGCACUUAGUAUAACCCAACCAUUGGCUUUAAAACUGUUUUAAAGGUUACAAGUUACACUUACCAACAUCACAGAAGCACCAAGGAAGAGCUUAGCAUAGUUUAAGUCAAGGAGUAUGUUGAUCGCUAUAUAUCUUUACUAAGGAAUUUUAAAUAUUUUGAUUUGGAAAUCUGGAGAAGUUGCAAGUUCUCUGCUUUCAACCUGUUAAUUUUUCCCCAGCUUAUCCACAUUUCUCCUACAUCUCAUGCAUUACCCUAAUUUGGGAAAAAUCAAAUGUGGCAAACGGUUGGUUUAAAAUAUACUGUAGUAUGUUUACAUCAGUUAGAAAAGCUUCCUUUCCUAAAGACCUGAGUUAUUAUUCUUGAAGCAGUUCACUGGAAACAAUACCAGUUCUUAAUAAGAAUUGUAUUUGCACAGCCUGGCUUUUUUUAUACUUUUACACUGCACAGGUGAGCACAGGCUCACAAAGAUUUAAGUCAUGUCCUGGACUUCAUAACCUCGAAGCUGGAUCACUACAUUUUACAGUCCCGCUGACAUGGCCCUUCUCCUCAACAUCCAGCAAGCAACCAGCUCUUUCCUCACCAUCUUUUGUCUAUGUUGGUCUUAGGAAUAUGAAUAUUGGUCAGAGAUAAAGUGGCCUGCAACUUCCCCUGCAAAAUUUCUUCUUCAAUAAAUGCAAUUCUUUGGACUUCUUAUAUUUACGUAACUAAAUAAUAUAUUUUCUUAAAGAAUCACUACCACUUCCAGUAUUUUUUAGGAAAAUAUUAAACUAACAAUAAAUGUUUUCAUUUGAUUGAUUUUUUCAAGGGAAAAAACAGUUAGUUACCUAAUUUCUUUCUGUGGAAUCAUUUUUGGGGCAAUUAUUUAGAGCAAAAUUAGUUAAAAGACUAAUGUGAUCCAUCCUUUUCUCCUCUUUCUCAGCUUUUUUAUUGCAUUCAAUGCAAUCCUUUUAAAAAUUUUUAACAUGGUGAUGUACAUCAUAUACAUGAUAGUCUGGUUCAAAGAUUAUUUUGCUAUCUCUUUUUUAUAAACUUUUAUAUGUACUAACUUUUUAUUAUACUCUAUUAAUUUCACAGGCUUUAUAUACCUGAAAUCAUUUGACUGUAUUUUUUGAGUGAGCAAACAUUUAAAAGAAGGGUAUUACAGAACUCAAUAAUAGAGUUCUUCUUCUGCUGAAAAUGUGAAAUUUUUCGGAAAUCCGUAAAUGUGCCUGCCAAAUUUAAAAAUCAGCUUAUUAGAGCAUGCAAAAACCUAGGUUUGCACAUACAAGCACUUGCACUUGCUGGAUGUACAAUCACUACUAUUUAGCAUUUCUGUUACAACAGAACUCCCACACCUAAUCAGAAAUACGUUUCUACUCACUUGACAAAUUUGUACUGAAUGAUAGUUCCUUGACCUAAAAAGUUCAUAUGACACUAUUUCUACAAAAGAACAUGCUUGAAAAUUCAGCAGGUGUUAAAAUGUGACAUAUACUUUAAUCAGACAGUGAGGUGACUUUUGGACAAAGCUCGUGUAAUAUGUGCUGGACCAUCCAAAAUAUGGAUAAAAUAUACCAUAUAUAUCAGAAAUAUGAAUGCAUGUUUUGAUGAGACAUUUUCUCUCUCGUUCACACCACAGCAGAGGCUCAGUUUAACUCAAGAUUCACUUUCAUUUAGCUUCUGAGCCUUGCCAGUCUAAACUGAGCUCUCUGAAAACAGCUAAAUUGUGGCACAGAGCAGACCACAGAGCUAGGAAAGAGGAAGGAAAAUGUGGCAGUGGACAGUUCCAUCCAACUGUAAAUGCCCUGAAAUGGAAACCUUCCUCCAGAAACUGAUAAUAAUUCCAAUAGUUUUACCACUUGUCCUUUUUUUCUCUGCUGUAAAACAGGACAAAAGAAGCACGUUCCUGAAGAAGCAUCAGCAUUAAGCAUAGGAGUUAAUUGAGGUGCUGAUCACAGCCACUUGCCUUUACCAAGGCAAAUAAUACCUUAACUUCUAAAAGUGUCUUUUGUUUACUCAGCUAGAUGAAUAAAUAUCCCUUCACAAUUUUGCUUUUCCCUUAACCUCGGAAAAGGGCAGUUUUUUAACAACAUGCAGGAAACCAGGAGCUAGAAAUCUAAGAGAAAGUGAAGCUGCAGGUGGGAUUUGAAUUUCGCAGCGGAAUCUAGUCAGGAAAAUGGAACUAACACCUUCAGUCUUGUGCUGAGUGCUAAGGGAUGCUUGAUGGUGGCAGGUGCUCAGGGCUGUGAUUUUAUCUUUUAUCUGAUAGCACCUCUACAAUGUUGCUGUUGCUGGGAAACCUCUUUGCAGGCUCAGAGAGGAGAAUGCCUCUGCUAUUGCCAUGUGAAUCUUUCUCCACCCAAGCGCAGACUGUGAUUCUUGUGCCCCAUGGGGCUCAGUCCCCUGGAAGGGCAGAAAGCACGUUCAAUUUGCAUAACAGGAAAAACUGAUUUGGCACUCUGCCGUCGUGGGGACUAUUCACUUUGUUGGUACUAAGGAUAAGUGUUUGUGCCUUGCUGAUCCAAGGAAGAACAUUUCUUACAGCAGUCUGUGGCUAAGUCUGUGUUGCUGAGCCGUGUGGAUGCUGUUGAAGAUCAUUAAUAUCAGCAUUGUCAAAACAAAACUAACACAUAUAAACACAGGUUAUAAAGGUUGCCAGAACACCAAAGCUCCCUCCUGUGGAAAAGGAAUGAUGACUCCCUGAAAAAUAAAUCAAGGCAGUAUGUUCUGGAAGUUGGAUCUGCUGGAAGUCACAGAGCUGCUGUGAUGAAAGUGGAAUAAUUUAUUAAUACAAUAUGUUGACUAUUGAUCCUGAACUAGAUGAGUUCAAUAAAUCAACUUUAGGGGAAAACUGGCAGAAAAUGCUUGACAGGGGAGUGUCUCUCAGGAGUAAAUGAGUUGUAUAAAAUGUUAAUGUCCAUCUUGGUCACCUGGGAGAGUCUGCUGAUGCUACAGCCAGUCUGAACAAAUUCAUCUCCUCUAAAAUAGCAAAAUCCCAAGCAGGCGUAGGAAAAAAAGGCACAGAAAAGAUCAAAACAUCUGAUUCAGAGCAGACAAGAUUUAUGUCUGAGCAGGCUGGAGAUGCAAGCUGGUACUGUAGUUUACAGAGAAAAUAGGUUUGUUUGCUCUCCCAUGAAUGGAUGGGAAAGCUUGAGGCAGGACAAACAUGCACAUAAACUUUCAUUUUUAAUUCCAUUCACUUGAAAUAUUUAAGUUUGCAUAUUUAAGAUUAAAUAUUUAAAUACCAUUCUAUUUUUUAUGAAGUGGAGUAGUCACAAACUCCCUAAAAGAAAAGUUGCAAAUCCAUUCAGACUGCCUGGGUUGGCACAGUUACAACAGAUAAGGGUGUCCCAAAGCCCAGCAAAAAUUAAAGAAUUGUGAAAUCCUGCCUCUCCCCUGGAGAGGUGAAGUCAGGAAGCUUGACCCAAAAAAAGAACUGAAGACAAACGAAGGAAAGGAUGAAGGCACAGCUAUUUCAUCACAACUUCAGGGUUCAAAAAGUCAUUGCUUAGAAAAGAGUGCCAGAAAUAUGUUUUCAUGGCAGCUACCUGCCUUUUAUACAAUUUUCCUCUCCUUCAAAGUGCAAGCAUAUACAUGUUUUUGAGACAUUGCUUUUAAACAGUUUGGGAUAUUUUCAUACCUUAAAAAUUCAAGAUCCUGAAGUAAAUCUAUCAAUGCACCCACCCAUGAGGAAAGUAAAAUAACAUUUAAACAAGAGCCGGGAGUAAAAACUUUCUGUACAAUAAAUAAAGCUCUAGAAUAUGUUUAAAAUUGCUUUCCUCUGUAAAAUAAUGGUAUAGAUUUAAGACCUAAUAUCCUGGUGCCUCUUAGUUUAAAAAGGAAAGACUGUGUUUCUGAUUAUAAAGCAGUAUUUUCCUGCAGGUAUAGAAUUCCUAGUUGCCUGGCCCUGUGUGCUUUCAAAUAUCAAAAAUGUUUGUCAACAUCACAGACAGGAAUUUUAGGAAUUUAAGAUACGCACUGACAAAAAUAAUCUGCUUGGUUUUUUGUUGGUUUUUUUUCUGAGACACUUUCUAGGACAAUUCCAGGAGAAAUUAUAGGCUUUUGGAUGUUUUUGUGAAGCAGAUACAUUUCCAUAAAAGUAGUCUGGAAGAGGAGAGAGAAAAAGGGUCAAGUUGCUUUUUUCAAUAUGCUAUGAUUUGAGACUGAUAAUAGGAUCAGAGUGAAGAGGACUGAACAAGAAAAUAUUUAAAACCUCUUGUGAUGUCUGACAUAACCAGAGACAACAGAGGAAUGGAAAAGCCUAUAGAGUAUCAAAACAGCCCUCCAGAAAAAAAUAGAGAAAAAUGUAUGCAUAAAAAUACAUCCAAAUAGAAAGAGAUUUUUGGUGUCAUUCCCCUACCUCAUAUCUUGCAUGGCCAUAGCAAGCUCACAAAGUAGCUGGGUAGUGGGAGCCAAUUUCAGAACCUGAGUCUGCCCUUAAAAUAAAAGCAACCCUCUGCCCCACAGAUCUCAGAGGACUCACAGUGCAAAGAGCACGGGUAGUUUCUCAUGGCACAUCCUAUCCCCCUGGUGUUUUCCUCAAAGCACAAGUGAGGCAAAAAAGGACAUUUCCCACAUCUACUCAGAUGCUGUAAUAGCUUCCUAUUUAUUUGUACCUGACAUAGGUUGGAAGAUCUCUAAUAAGUGAAAAACAUUUUUGUAUAAUGUCACCACAUUAUUAAAGCUUCUGACAAAGAGUGUUUGAAUCACCAGUAGGAAACAUCUCUGGAAAUGCUGCUGUGGUGCACAAGGUACUGAUUUUGAUCUCAAGUCAAGCCUCAACUAACAUCACAAAAUGGUGGAGAAGUCAUUGGACUGCUGCAGGUGCUAAUUCUCUGAUGACUCAAAAAUCUGAAGUCAUAAUUAUGGUGUAUUUCUCAUUUAUUAUCCCACAGGUCUUUGUGUGUGAAUAGGGUCCUGGAACUGAGGUUUCAGCCAAAUCCCAUCUCCUCCUGUUCUUUCUAUUCAUGGAGGUUCAGCUGAAUAAUGGAUUCUCAUUCCUUUGUCCCAGAUUGUCAUACAGUAGUGGGCGCAUUGUGAAUGUUUCACCCUGGGAGUGGCUGCCUCUUAUUAAAAAUCACAGUGAUCAAUAGAGGACCAUUACUUCCCUCACCACAGUUUUCUGAGUCUUAAUUGUGUAAUAAUAGUUAUGAGAGAAAUGACUGCAUAGCAGACCGAGAGAAUUGCCAGCUGUAAUUAUGUUUUUCAAAUGAGUAUGUGUGGACGGGUGUAUCUUUCUUCUUCAUAUUAAUGGAGAUUUGGCUGCCACAGAAAAUGAAAAAGGAGAAUUUUGUGGACUCUCCAAAGAGCGUCUCACACUCUUAAAUAUAUUCCUUUCAAGCUUCAUGUAGUAUAAGUGUUUAAUGAUCUUAAUUAUCCUUAUAGCACAAGAAUGUGAUUAAUUUAUUUAAACCUACAACCUUUUCAGUUCUUAGUCCAUAAAGGUAACUUUGGGCUAGGGAAUCAAAAUCACUAAUGAGAAACUAUAGCUUUAUCUUAGCCAACAGCCAAAAUCUGCACAGCUGGACUUUUUCUGUAUUCCUCUAAAGGGGAGCCUGGCACUAUUGCACUUUAGCUACUUGCCAGUAGCGAACAAUUGUAGGUCACAGCCAGGUUUCUGAGAAGCUAUGAGGUUUAACCACUAAAAUCCCUCCAGGUACAGGGCAGUCUAUGAAGUCAAAGAGUAAUCAUAUUCAAAGGGGUCUUGAUGAUGAGCAAUCUGUGCUGAGAAAAGAGAUUUCAUUCAAAGGAUACCAACAUGGCUUUUAAAUAUUUCUUUCCUCUUUUUUUCAUGUACUGUUGUUAAAAAUGGACUUUUUCUCAACACAAAAUGUUAUAAUUUAAUAUCUAGAAGGGCAAAAAGUGGUACUAAAGUACCAAUCUACUCAUGCACUGAAAAUAAUACUAAUUAAAAAAAAGUUGAAAAAGCCUUUCAGCAAAAAAUAUCUGUGGCAGCAAGAUAUCAAGAUGUUGAUGAAAAGACAUUUUGCUUUUUAUGGAACUUUUUCUGACUAGAAUUAGAAUAUUCCACCUCCCUUUUUGGGCUAUCUCAAGAAAAACACAAAACCAUAAAUGUAUCUAGUGUAGUUUUCAUAUUCUUGGAAUAAUAUAACACAAUAAAAGUGAUUCAAUUCAGCCUAUUAUGGUGUAAGUAUUAACAAUACACAUUCAUUUAUAUAUUUUGCAUUGCUAAAAAAUCUAUUCAUCUCUCUAUUUCAAAUAUAAAAGAAUUCUAGCACAUUUUCAAAAGGAGCUUUCUUUCGGGCUAAUCACUUCCUACUUUAUACUCCAAUUGUUCUUGUAUUAAUUACAAUGAAAAUAUUUUCUUAAUAUCAUUACAAUAGACCAUUAAAUGUAUCCAGCAAAGUCACUCUGUAGGCCUUUAUAAUAUGUCAUUUCCUCUGAAAGCACAGCACUACAUACUUGGCCAGCUCAACGUUGAAAUCCAGCAGGACCACUGCUAUUGAUUUCAGAGCACUCUGCAUCAGGUUACAUGUGAGGAUGCAUCAUAGCAUCUUUUAAAAUGAGCCCAGUCUCAAGGCAAGCAGAAUGACUUCUCUUACAUCCACCAUGGAUUUUUGUCACUUUCUGACAGCUCAGACUAUAUUAGAAGUCUUCGGCACAUCUCUAGGGUAUGAACUAUUAUUGCAAAUGAUGAUUUUUCUGAUACUGGUAGGAACGAUGAGCCUUGGCUGCCUGACUUGGUAAAUAAAAAUGUCUGGGGUAUGUAGUCAGACAUGGAGGUGAUGUAUUUUUACAGCUUUUUCCUAUUUAAUGGUGGCAUGCAGGUUUACACAAGAUGCCAUUUUGUUUUGAAGCUCAGAGGGUGUGUGUUUAGACUAAACUUUUCAUAUGGAAUUUUUAGAUAGUCCUAUUGCACAUCAGAUAUAAAGCACUUCUUUUCAGUCUAUAUUUCUAUGGAAGAAAUAUUGAACAAAGUUUAAUUUUGUUAAAUGAAUAGAAAAUAAUUUCUCAUUAGAAGGAAAAUGCAUAGAUAUAUAUUUAAUAUUAUUCCUUGUUUCUCUUUCUUCCAAGUGUAGGUCUAAAUUCUUUCUAUGCGUCUCUAUUUAGGUUUCUGUAGGAUAUGUUGGACUUAAAUGCACAUGUCUAAGGAUGGGAUUUGAGUCGUUUUAUAUCACAGAAGCUGGCAAGCUGGCAUCCUGAUUUGGAGAGGCACUUCUAACUUGUGCUUUCUCCACUUUCUGGGGAGAUCAGGAGGAUGUUUGCUCAGCAAACCAUGUGAAAUACUGUGUUAACAACAACCUGUUAAUCUCAGUAUAGCCCUACUGGCUGGGAUGGGAGUGGGCAAAGCCCCACGGGCUCCCUGCUCUGCCCAGCAUCCACCGCCUCCAGCAGCAGGACUGUAGCACUGGCUCCUCUGAACCAUCCAGGUGCUCCUCUGAACCAUCCAGGUGCUCCUCCAGCCACCACAAGGGGAGGCCCAAAAAUCUUCUCCUUCCUUUCCAUGAGCUUGUAGUCCAUGCUGCGUUUGAGCUGGCUGGCUUCGGUGCGCUUCUUGUGAAAACUGAAGCAGGGAGAGGAGAGCAGAUAUUAGCCACAUCUUUGCUUCAGCACAGAACACCAUGUUUUCCUAGUAUAUGCUUGGUUGUGGGGUGUAUGCUUCAAAGGUAGGAAGUUAAAAUGGAGUUCCUGGCCACAGAAAAUACUGACAGCUAAAUAAACCCCACUUAAUAUUUAAACACUUAAUAUCUUGAUAUGCUAAAAGAAAGUACCCAACACAAUGCCUGUCAGGAUGAGCAUCUUUGUGACAUUGAGGGUUCUGGAUUAGACCCUAACUGGCCCAAACUCUAACAGAACUCCCUACCUUUAAAACAAUCUUUAUGAUUAGAUCAGAAAUGUUGCCAAGUCUAUGUAGCUUACAAAGAACUGCAGAGUUCUAAGAUUUUGUCUCUUCUCGCUAUGUGGUGUUGGCUGACCAAGAUCUAAUAUUAAAUACCUGACUGUUUUAGUACCCUUUAUUCAGUGUUCUUGAUGUGACUUUUAAACUGAAGUCUGUGAUUUGAUACUUAGACAUUGUUCAAGUCAAUAUCCUUGGCUUCUGCGUUAUAGAGACAAGAAAACAAAACUUUUUGAACUUGUGUUACUGGCUUUUUGUAUGCGCUAAAUGGCCAUUUGUGAAACUUGACAACAUAAAUUGUACUACUGAUAGUAAAUGGGUUUUUUUGCACUAGCCUUUGAGAGCUGUAACAUAUUUCAGUAUUUUUACAAUGUAUUCUCUAGAAAGUGUGAAUCUAUUUGUCAGUUCUGAAAAAAUUACGUAACAAUGAAACCUCAAGAGAUGUUAUGAAGUGUACAGUUUGUGAUAAUUUUAUAUUUUAAAAAGAUAAGAAAAAUAAAAUAAUUCAUUUGAAAUAAUUUUAUUCUAAUUGUUUCAUAUGUAUUUUGAACAAGAAAUAAAGUGAUUAAAAUUA